AUGCAAGGCUACCCUUUUGUGCCUCCAACUGGCCCUCCCCGAGAGGGUCAUAAGAACUAUGUAUUCGUCGAUGAACAUAAUAGACACAAACGCCUGAAAGUAAUGCGAGCCUGCAACGGCUGCAGGAAACGGAAAAUUAAGUGUGACGCUGCCACCACUAACACUUGGCCGUGUUCAGCAUGUACCCGACUGAAGCUCGUAUGUGUACCACCAACCAUUGGGCAAGAGAACGAAGUCUCCUCUACUCAGAAUCCCGAAUCUUCCUCGCUAAGUUCUUUGCGUGCGUCGCAAGCGGCCACUUCAACACAUCAUCCAUACUCCAUACCACAAAACCUUGCCAAUGGGAGCCAACCUGCUGUCGGACAUGCUACUUCAUAUAACGAUGGAGUUGGACUGUUAUCUCAGUAUAUUCCGUCGGAUCGUGGCCAGUCCAACUUCUAUGAGAUACGACCACCGCAUUUACCCACAUCAAGUAGCAACUAUCAACACCCACAGAUGUUCUCUGCUACACCAAAUCAAGGCUUGGAAAAUACAACUACCAGUAUGUUUGCCGAUGACGAGCAGUCAACUACUGCCGAGAACCUCAGCGAAGUCCUUGGUGAAUUGAGGAUCGAUGAAACUGGUAUUGCGCCUUACAUUCGACAACAGCGCAAAGACCGAGUAGAAGCCGGAGCCCCAAUUCAGGACGAUAUUGAGGAGAGAUUGCCACCCUUGAGUACCGGUGCGGGAUCGAUCAUACGCAUCCCUCCGGAACUAAUGCCGCCAGAUAAUGAGGUGAUGAAGUAUCUCAAACUCUACUUCAAUGACAUACAUCCCUAUGUUCCUGUUGUUCAUCGAGCUCAUCUUUACUUUCAAUGGCAAAAUGAACGAAGCUUGAUAUCUCCUUUGCUGCUUGAGGCACUUUUUGCUUGUGCUGGUAGAUUAUCGGAUGAUCCUGCACAGGGAGCGCAAUGGCUCGCUCUAGCUAACAGGCAUGAAUCUAGCUUCAUGGAUGUGCCGCGCCUCAGCACAAUCCAAGCUUUGCUCUUGCUUCUCAAAGCCCGAGAAUCUUUGCCAAAGAAAGGCUACUAUUACCGCUCAUGGCAAACUGUGAAGACUAUUGUUUCAAUGGCAAAAGACUUGGACAUUCAUGAUCAUUACAACGUCCACGCCGAAGGCAAGUCCUGCGAAAUGGACACAGUGGAGUGCCUUGUACAAAUCAGAGUUUGGCAAGCCCUCUUGGUUGUUGAAGUCAUGAUCGGUGCACCGCAGGGUCGGUCGGACUAUGGCGUGGAUCCGGAGACAGUAGAUAUGAGUCCAAAUCUGGAUAUCCAGGGCCUCGACCAGUUUGAGAUCGAUCGCUCCAGACAAUAUGCCUACUUUGUGAGAAACGCCUACCACAUUCGCUUGAUCACUGAUAUAUAUCAUAAAAUCAAGAAGGAUAAGGACUGGGGGGCCAAUCCUAGACUUGUGGAAAAGAAUCCUCUUUUCACAGAUUGGCUCCGGGGCCUUCCAUCGGACUUACAGAUAACAUAUCCUAGUGAUGGAUCAUCGCCAUGGAUCCCCUCACAUUUUGUGGCAAAUAUGCACUCACAUUGCCACUUAGGGAUCAUCCUAUUACAUCGACCACAAUUGCUCGCCUCCAAGUCUUUUACGGCCGGAGGAGGGUGGAAGAUUCACAUGGCGUUAUGCUACUCUUCUGCCAAGAGUCUUUGUAGGCUUCAAGAAGCUAUUCUAGAUCGCUAUGGCCUGCCGGGGCUUCUAUUCAUGCAAAGAGGUAUCAACUUCUCGAUAUAUAGCAUCUUGACAUGCACAAUGUUGCAUCUAAUUGCUAUAACAUCUCCAGACCCCCACUUUCAUGCCGACGCGAGGGAUUAUUUCACGAGACAUAUGCGUAUACUCGAGACAUGCUCGUCUGCUUGGCCAAUGCCCGAACUACGAGCGCAGAUAGACUCCUUGCGACUUGCUUUUUCCGCCAACAUCAAUCGUCCUUUCGAACUCAAGUCUACUUUUCCUUAUGGUAGUCCUUCGGAACCAUAUCAUCCCAGCCCACCACUCGAUUCGUCCUAUCAUCCUCAAUUGAGCCAACUCUCGAGCAGCAUACAGAACCGAGUGGGCUAUUCCGUUUAUCCAGUGACCUCCCCAAUAUCAGCCCGCACUGAAGAAGCCAAGUCGGACUCCUUCCAACACCAGCAUGAGAGUCAUCUUGCACCACAUCAACCCUCGAAUCAAUCAAUAGAUGCUCCUUUAGUCGAUGAAAACAGUUGGGAUCCUACUCGAAUUAUCAACCAGUGGGACAUGGCUUUUCCGGUCGGCCCAUCAGCGCCGACUACGCAUUCACCGCCGAUGGGGCUGGAGAGCUCUACGCAAUUGAAUAUUCUACCGCACCAGUUUCCCGUUCAUUAUGAGACACAUGCGAAGAUAUCUUCGCUUGCAACAUCCCAAACCCUUCCCCAGUCCCAGUCCCAUUUCAGUGGACAACAAGUCUUGAUAACGGCACGUGAUUGGCAGCAGAGCGUUGCUAGCGUGUACGAUCCCAACGGCUUGAAGCGGAGGUGGAACCAGUCACUUGAUACCGGAGAGCAAAGCAGUACAAAGCGUCAACGAUGA